AUGAGUUCCAAUUUCUUGAGCCACUUGCCGUUAGAAAUAUUGCAAGGGAUUGCCAAAGAGGUGUGUUGUCCCGGCUCUACAUUACUGUACUCGCUGACAUCGCACCGGAACAAGCUCCCCAUUGAAGAUUUAAGAUCAUUAUCUUCUGUGUCUAAAUCGAUCCGCCAUGGGAUAAAACCUGUUCUAUUUUACUCAGCGGCUAUCGAUAUAUUCCCAACAUCGUCGGCAGAAGGAGAGCCCUAUUUCUCGACUGCAGAGGUUCCUGGGUCUCUCCCUGGACAUUUGCAUCGCCUUACAUUCCAAAACUCCUCGCACGAAGAAUGCGUCCAUGAACUCCUCAUACGAGGGGCCGAAGAUCCAGAACGUUGGGAAGAGAUUACUUGCUGUUCACUUCGCAUGAACGAGUUAGGCCACCGAGUUCUCAAAACGCUUAAAAACCUUCAAGCUGAGCAACUACACAGCUUCAGGUACGGCCGUCUGUGGCGAUUAGGCUUAUGUGUACCAAAUGAAGUCUUCGGUGUCAACGGUAUUUUACAGAGAAACCAUGGCUCGUCCAUUCGCCAUUUAGAAUUGGUUACGCAACUCAUCUGUAAUGGUGCACGUUGCAUCGAUAUCAACCUGUCAGCAUUUGAUCACUUGCGAAGUCUGACUUGGCAGGCACCAAACGCCGCGUACAUGCAUGCCCUAGCCGAAGUAGUUCGAAUCAACGCACCGCAUCUCCAGAAACUUGAGCUAGACUUUGUGGACUGGGAGGAACUUAAAGAUGGGAUUGGAUAUGAUCAGGAGGACACUAUUGAAUCCGGCGGUGAUUACUUUGCAAAUCACAUUUUGCGAUUAAACUUGAAUCGUCAACCCAGCCCCUUCCUGGGCAACAUUCAAGUUUUGUCACUUUGUCACGUACCACUGACUUCGACAGUUGCGCAUCAUAUCAAUACUUUUACCCUGAGGAGCCUUAGUAUACGAAAAUGCUGGGGAUGCGAAAUAUUUUUCAAUGCCCUUACGACGGCGAAACCGGGCAUAUCGCUCAGAGCCUUUGAGUUUCAGGGCUGUUGGGGUACACAUUAUUCACCUUUCGCACCUUUGUCGUGUAUAAAUAGCUUCUUGGGCACAUUUCAUGGGCUCUAUGAGCUCGUACUUUGCUUUUGUGGCAAGGUUGAUGCUGUCGGCCUUUGGGAAAAUAUUGCCAAAACACAUACCGGGAUCCGGCGACUUAUUGUCCAAGAGUAUGGUCUUGAGACGGAAUUCGAGGAGCCAUACGAUUACAGCCUGCCUUUUAACAGGCGGCAGGGAAGGGGGGCUGAGGUGAGCCAUGAGGACGCCCAAUCGGUUGCGGGCGAGGGUGGUGUGCUUUCAACUCCUCUGGCCUCCUUGCCUCUAGAAUUCCUUGGGGUUUGCUCCGACUUCGAGUCUCCGGUUGAUAUCUCGGACUCCCUUCCAACCCAUUGGCCACGCCUAAAAAUGAUCCAUUUUAGAUUUACUGUCGGACAGAUAGAACGAUCUGAAGCCCCGUGGCAUCUUCCUGCCUGGAAUAGGAAGCUUUCUUCAUUCCUAAAGAAGGUUUUUGGCCGAGAUGGCCAUCCUUGUUUGGAGGCCGUUGCUUUUGGCGACGUUGCAGCUGAUAAGAACACCCGAAUAUAUUACCGAAACAGAGGGGGGCAAGGCAAACCAGUUCAGAAUUACCCGACGAACUCGGAGCAAAAGGAUCUAGUAAGGAAGUAUGAGCGGGUUUUGGCGGCGUGUCCAACUGGAAGCACUAUUUCAUCGACUGAAAUGAGCUUGCUCAGCCACUUCGGUUUUUGA